AUGUCCCCGGUCCUGUUCAACCUGUACAUGGACGAUCUGAACAAGCAGCUCACACAGACCCAAGUCGGAUGCUCCAUGCACGGGACCAUGGUAAACAAUAUCUGUUACGCGGACGACAUGGUCCUGCUGGCCCCCUCCAUCUCCGCGAUGCGCGAGCUUCUGUCGGUGUGUGAGAAGUAUGCAGACGAUCACAAUAUGCAGUACAACGCGGACAAAUCGGAGUAUAUGAUCUUCCAGUCAGAGAACACACCUACAACUGAUCUCCCAUUAAUACUGAAAGGAGAAACAUUACGGCGGGCUGAAGAAGUGAAAUAUCUAGGCCACAUUAUUAAUUCUAGACUUUCAGAUGAUGCCGACAUUGAACGCCAACGAAGAGCCGUGACGGUGCGUGCUAACAUGCUGGCGCGGCGCUUCCAGCGCUGCAGCGGGGAGGUGAAGCGCCAGCUGUUCCUCACGUACUGCACCAGCGUGUACACGGUGGAGCUGUGGAGCUCGCACACGGUGGAGGCGAUGCGGCGCAUGCGCAUGCAGUACAACCACGCGUGGCGCGCGCUGUUCCGCCUGCCGUACCACUGCAGCGCCAGCGGCAUGUUCUCUGCGGGGCGCGCGCCGGGCUGGGCCGCGCUGCUGCGCCGGCGCUCUGCGUCCACGCGCGCCGUCAUCUUCGCGUCCGACAACCCCAUACUGUGCGCGGUCCGCCAGUGGCCGGAGAGCCCACUACACGAUACAUGGAGGAAAUAA